AUGGCUUCCGCUGUCGCGUUCCAGUCUGGUGUGCUCCAAUGCAAAGGCCUCACGCCUCUUCCGCUCGCUUCUAAGAAGCAGCAGUCUCUCUCCGGCGCAGCGAGGAUCGCCGCAAACACCCAAUUAAGAUCUCAAAUCUCUCCUUCCUCAUCCAGCGCUGCCGUCUUCUCUCGUCAAGUCCGCGUGUGCGCUUCCGCCGGCAGAAGUAAUGAUACAGCCACGUCCUCAGCGUCCGCCACCGAGACAGUCCCAUCCGUUCAAAGGCCAGCCAGGCUGACGGAAUCCGUCACGGAAGCCGUCAAGGCUGCCGUCAAGCCCAUCCUUGCGGCCGCGCUGAUCGCCUCAGUCCUCACAGGCACGCCGAACGACGCGCUCGCCGCGCAGGGCGGAGGCCGCGUCGGCGGAAGCUCGUUCUCCGCGUCGCGCGCAAACACCUACGCGCCUCCCGCCGCCACCUACGCCGCGCCUCCGGUCGUGGUCGCGCCCGUGACGCCGUUCUUCAUGCCGACGCCGUUCUUCUUCUUCGGGCCGACGAUCUCGCUGGGCGGCGGAGGCGGCAUAUUCGGGUUCCUGUUUCUCGCAAUCGCCGUGUACUUCAUCGCGCAGACCGUGAUGGGGUUCCUCGCGGACUCAGCGGAGGAGGAGGUGUGGGCGGAGACGCAGCGCAGCAGCGUGGUUCGCCUGCAGGUGGGCCUGCUGGGAACGGCGAGGAAGCUCCAGCGCGACCUCGACCAGAUGGCGUCGCGCGCCGACACCGGCUCGCAGGAGGGCCUGCACUCCAUCCUCCAAGAGACCGUUCUCGCUCUCCUGCGCAACCCCGACUACUGCAUUUACGGCUUCUCCACGUCGGAGACGGCCAAUGACUCGUACGGGGGGGAGGCGGCGUUCAACCGGCUGAGCAUGGGCGAGCGCAGCAAGUUCAAGGAGGAGACACUCGUCAAUGUCGGCGACAUGCGGAAACGGUCGGAGCGCGAGCCCAGCGAGCAGCGAAUGAACAGCGAAUACAUUGUGGUCACCAUUCUGGCGGCCACAGAGGGAACUUUCGUGCUGCCCGAGGUUAAAUCUACUGCCGACCUGAGAGAGGCGCUCACCAUCCUAGGGUCCAUCCCUGCUGACGAGCUCCAGGCCGUGGAGGUGCUGUGGACGCCGCAAAAUGAGGAGGACACACUCACAACGCGCGACAUGCUCGAGGACUAUCCCUCACUGCGACCUCUGUAG